AUGCUCAUACCGUUUCUCAUCGGCUGCCUGAUCACGGCUGUCUUGAGCUUCGAUCAGCAGCCUCUCACCGACAGUACCACAAGCCACUACCCACGCCUCAACUUCUCCUCCUCAUCUCCCCUCAUCUUCCACAGCACAUUCGCCCUCCUCCAACAAUGGCCAAACACAUUCUUCCCCGCAGGUCACACUAUCGCACCAUGUACGAUCCCACCCAACACAAACCUCUACCACGCCCGUCCAAACAACACGUUCCCACCAAGUCCAGAAUGGUUCGCUUUCGACAGCGCAAUGGCCUAUGGAAUACGAGGGACAACUGCCGAUAGCCAUCUUUUGACAUUCCGUACGGCCAAGGCAGUCAAAUGCCUGUACUUCGAUGGUACUUCCGCCGCUUUACAGUAUGACGGCAGCAUGGACAGCCAAAACGUCUUCCUGCACAACACCUCCGCAGAAGCCCCUGCAGACCCCGUUUUCGGCGACCAUCCACCUCGCUGGCCACCCGGAGGCAACUCCACUAACCCUGGCAGCAACGAAACAGUAUGGGUGCCACUCUACGCUGAAUACGCUCGCGCGGCUGGACUAUGCAACUUCAUCAAGGAGAAGAACCUCGGCGGGCCAGGAUGGGGUUACGAGAGUAUCAUCAGGAUGGAUGAGGGAUUCGAAGUUAUCUGGUGUAACUUCUCUUCUCCAUCUGCUGGGUUGGUCAGUUGGCUGAAUGUUUCUGCGCCGGCUUUGAUUGGGGUGACGCCGCCGAAGUUCCCCAGGCGGCGGCCAGAUCACAUGGCGAAUACCUUCAUCGAGCAUCGUGUCGGAUUGAUGGAUGAGAGACCAGAGCGGAAUUGGACCUACGUCUAUCUACCAGGAUAUGAUCGCCCGUUCAAAGAAGCAGGCGCAAAAGAAUGGUUCCGUACCGCAGCAAAGACGUAUGGCUUCGCGGGUGGUGUGCCAGGUAGAGGCGAGGCUAGAGUGAAAACUGAUAGCUGCGGGCUGUUCAGCUUCUACGAUCCGGCGCUAGUAGAUCAGUCACAUGCUCGUGUGGUUUACAACAGAAAGCAGUUCAACCUGAGCAGUGACGGAUACUGGCUUGGACCCAAGAACAGCAGUGACAGCCGAGUGACAGCCCUUCAACAGCUGAGUCUGCGACGGCGAUACAUGCUCGAUCGGAAUAUCAGCGAACCAGACGGACUGUACAUGCGUUCGGCUGUGGAAGACAGAAUGCGAGCAAUGCUCAGUGGUGAGGAAAGCACAUGCAGCGGCAUCGACUGGGUCGAGACAAGUCGGACGAUUGUCGCAGAUUACAGCUCACCCCUUUACGACCUACGAUCCCUCCUCUCAAGGAUCACAACUUCAAGCCUGACCAACGCCACCAUAGUCCGCGCUCAAGUCGACCUCGUCCGCGGCCUAGCACACCAAUUCGUUAUGCCUUACUACGAAUAUCCACCACACUUCGCAAAUGCAACACUGCACAAAGCCUUCAGCCCCGAAUCACCAUCCUCUCUGGCUGCUCUAGUCCGCUGCAAGAACCAACACACCCCAGCCCCGAGUACACCACUCUCAACAUCCGAAACUCUCACGUUCUCAUCAAUCCUCUCGGUCCUUAGCGCCCUUUGCACGACCCUCCUCCCAAUCUUCCUCAGCACUGAGAUCCUCUGGCUCGAACACUUUAACAACGUAAAAGCAUACCCAACUACCAUUCCUUCAUUUCUGCAGACCAGAAUCAGCGAGACGUCCACGAGCCAAUUGGAGGCAGUAGAUGAGCUGAUGGCCUGGCUAGGCUGGACGGAUCAAUGGACGAACUGUGAACCUGGAUGUAGCGUUGGACAGGUCUGUGCGAUUCCGAUGUGGCCGGUACCGAUUGGUCUCGAGAGAUACCGAGGACCAGGUUCUCAUUGGCAACUGAAUCGAACAAACGGCCCACGAGUAGCGAAUGGCCUCCAUGCAGAGCCAUGA